AUGGAAGAAAAUCAAUAUAAUGAAGAUAAUUCUCUUUUCUAUAAUGAUAUAUAUAAUUUUAUAAAUAUUUUUAAAAAAGAUGGAAAAAUUAUAACAUUAAUAUUAUCAUCUAUCUUUCUUUCUAUUUCACCUGUUGGAUAUCAUAUUGUAGUUCUUAAUGUUCCAGGAGAAAUAAUUCAAGAAAGCAUUAAUCAAAGUAUAUAUAAUCUUUUUAAUAUUAAAUUAAAUGAUAAUCAAUUAGGAAUAUUAUGGUCAUUAACAGUAUCAGCUCAAGCAUUUGGUGCUCUUAUUGGAUGUUUCUCAAUUACAUAUUUUGUCCAAAAAUAUGGAGUAAAAUUUACAAUGUUUUAUAUAAAUAAUAUUGUUCUUAUUAGCUCAUCUUUAUUAAUGUUAAUGUCAAAAUAUAUAUUUACAUUUUUUCUUUUAUUUAGUGGAAGAAUUUGUGUUGGAUUGUAUACUGGAAUGGCAUGUGGUAUUACACCUAUGUUUAUAAAAGAAGUUUCACCUAAACAUAUUAAAGGUUCUUUAGGAUGUUUCUUACAUAUAUCUGUAUGUAUUGGAUCAGCAAUCUCAGGAAUACUAUCACUUGAAUUUAUUUUAGGAAUUUUUCAAAUGUAUAUUGGUAAAAAAAUACCUGAUACACCAAAUUUUUUACUACAAAAUUGUGAUUAUAAUAAGGCUUUAUUAUCAAUUAAAUAUUAUUAUAAUAUUGUAAAUGGUGAUGGUGAAGAAAGAAUAUCAAAAUAUAGGGAACUAGUUACUAAUUUAUCAACGCAAAUUUCAAUUAAAGAAGCAUUUAAUGAUAGUAAUACUCGAAAAGGUAUCUUUUUAGGAAUGAUAUUAAAUGCAGCGCAAAUAUUUUGUGGAUCUAUGACAAGUGUAUCAUAUUCAACAUUUAUGUUUAAUUCUGUCUCAUUUUCUAAAAUAUUAACACCAUUUCUACCAACAAUUGGAUCACUGGUAAGUGUUUUAUUAACAAUACCCGCUAUAAGAUUAGUUGAAAAAUAUGGAAGAAGACAACUAAUAAUAAUUACAUUAAUUAUAUGCGGAUCAGCAAAUUACUUAAUGACACUUUUUUCUCUUAUAUCGCAAUCUAAUGUUUCUCCAAGUUGGGGUACCUAUGCAUAUUCUAUAACAUUUUUAUUAAUGGGAAUAGGAUAUAAUAUAGGUAUAGGUCCAUUAGCAUAUUUUGUACCAGAAGAAUUAGUUCAUCCAUGUGCUUCAUCUGUAGCAUUAGGUUUUUCAAUAUGUAUAAAUUGGAUUUCAACAAUGCUUACUAAUUUAAUAUUUUAUCCAUUAAAUAUUGAAAUUGGUGGAUAUAGUUAUUUAUUAUUUGCCUUACCUACAACUAUUUUUACAAUUAUUUUGUACUUUUAUUUACCAGAAAUGAAGACAUCACAAAAUAAUACUGAUAGACAAAUGUUAACAUGUAAUUUAUUACAAGAUGUCUAUGAUGAUGAAUCAACAUAUGGUACUUUUAUCUAA